AUGUCUCAUAGAAAAUUUGAGGCACCUCGCCAUGGCUCGCUCGCAUUUUUACCUCGAAAGCGAGCCUCAAGGCAUCGGGGAAAGGUCAAGAGCUUUCCAAAAGACAAUCCAAAGGAGCCAGUCCACUUAACAGCAGCCAUGGGCUACAAAGCAGGCAUGACUACAAUCGUCCGUGACCUUGACCGUCCUGGUGCCAAAAUGCACAAAAAGGAAAUCGUUGAGGCUGUCACCGUUAUUGAGACCCCACCCAUGAUUGUUGUCGGACUCGUAGGCUACAUCGAGACUCCACGCGGCCUUCGCUCACUUACCACUGUGUGGGCGGAACACUUGAGUGACGAGAUCAAGCGUCGUUUCUACAAGAAUUGGUAUAAAUCAAAGAAGAAAGCCUUCACAAAAUAUGCAAAGAAACAUGCUGAGGGUAGUGGAGCACCAAUCAAUCGUGAACUAGAACGUAUCAAGAAGUAUUGCACAGUCGUCCGCGUGCUCGCUCAUACCCAGAUCCGCCAAACCCCUCUCAAGCAAAAGAAAGCUCACUUGAUGGAAAUUCAAGUAAACGGUGGAAGCGUAGCUGACAAGGUGGACUUUGGCAAGGGUCUGUUCGAGAAGCCAGUGGAGAUCAGCUCAAUCUUCGAGAAGGAUGAAAUGAUUGAUUGCAUUGCGGUUACGAAAGGACACGGCUUCCAAGGUGUGACCAGCAGAUGGGGAACAAAGAAAUUGCCAAGGAAGACACACAAAGGAUUGCGAAAGGUGGCUUGUAUUGGAGCGUGGCAUCCUUCUCACGUCCAAUGGACCGUUGCUCGUGCUGGUCAAGACGGUUAUCAUCAUCGAACGUCUGUCAACCACAAGGUCUACCGUGUAGGCAGUGGCAAAGAGGAGGGCAACGCGUCGACAGAGUUUGACGUCUCGAAGAAACAGAUCACACCAAUGGGCGGCUUUGUUCGGUAUGGAGAGGUGAAGAAUGACUUCGUCAUCCUCAAGGGCUCGGUACCCGGCGUCAAGAAGCGAAUAAUGACCCUUCGCAAGUCGAUGUUCACUCACACAAGUCGAAAAGCAUUGGAGAAAGUGGACCUCAAGUGGAUUGAUACAUCUUCGAAAUUCGGGCAUGGUGCUUACCAGACACCAGCCGAGAAGAAAGCGAUAGUGGGCACAUUGAAGAAAGAUCUUGUGACGACUUCGUAG